UUUACCGUUCUGUCUGUGUCUGAAAUUGGAAGGGUUGUCCCUGGUUCAAGAUACUGGGCAGUUUCACUGAAGACUUUUUGCAAAUGUGGACUUUUAGCCACUUAAUGCACUUGGUUUCGGACAGGCUUUAAAAUGAUUCCAAGACGCGUUUGGAAACCUUACCUUAAUAUUUCAUCCCUUGCUUUUGUCCCUAGUAGUAGUCAGUCACAUCCCGCUGAGUUUUUGCAUGCAAAAUUUUUUUUGUUGUUUAUAUUUGCCCAUUUUCUCUUUGUUCCUUAGUCCAGGCCCUCUUUGCUUCACAUCUGGAUUAUUGCAACAGCUUCUUAGUUGGUCUGUGACUUCAGAAGUCCCCCGCCUCCCCCCUCCUUCCUUUAUGCUAAUGCCAAACUUAAUAUAGGAAGUCAGAAAGAGAGUUGAGUGCUUGCUUAUUAAAUGUCAAGAUGCUGUUCCAUAUGGUGGGGGAAAGUAGUGGAAGACCCACAGCCUCCAAGCAGCUUUACCCUAGGUGCUGACACUUUACCUGUGAAAAGGUAAUUGAUGAGACAGGGCUAUAUGCCCUAGAAUUAAGAGGAAGGAGAGAUGGAGGUCACUAGAGGCUGAGUGGUCAGGGAAGGCUUAGCGAGGAGGCAGGAUUUGAGCUGGCUGUUAAAGGAUGAGUAGGAUUCAGCUAGGAAAAGAGGAAUUGGACCCAGUGAUCUGAUGGAGUUAGUGAAUAGACCAGUCUCCUUGUAGAUAAGUGUUCAUCUAGGAAGGCAAUAGGAGGAAAGAUUGGUUGAGGCUUGUUCCUGAAAGAACUUGAACACUAGGCCCACAUUGAAGCUAUUUGAAAGGCAGUGGUGAGCAGCAGGAGACUCGGGUGGUUUGUGAUGAUUUGCAGGAGGGGAAAGGAGACGCUAGGGGCCAGAACAGCUAAGGGGCCAUGGCAUUGAGUAGUGUCCCCUGUCUGCCACAUUGUGUCCAGCCAUUGCCCACCCUGUCUUUUCAGGACUCUCCUUGGUUUGGCUCCCCCUCACCUCCCGGCACCUUAUGGCACCUUAUUCCUUGCUUCUCCUUCUCCGUCUGCGCUCUGCAGAACCAAGUUUAUGACUGCCUCUAGGGCUCUGCUCCUGUUGUUUCCCCCUUCUGAAGUGCUGGCCUCCUUUUUCUUCUCUGUGUAAAUUCUCCAUUUCACUUCCUUCAAGCCCUGCUGAAGAUCUACUUCCUCCAGAGGGUGUUCCUGACUGCCCUACCCCCAUGCCUUUGUGGCACUCAGAAUCUAAAUCGCAGGAUUCUGCAUUUGUUCCUUGGUUUUUGAACUUGUGCUUGUACCAGAUGGAGUGGGAGUUCUUGUGAGGGCAUUGUGUCUUCAUACUUGUCGCAGAGCCCUGGUGGUAUCUAAUGCUGUGGCCAGACUUUUAUAAUAGGUGCUCAAACAUUUCCGAUUCUUGUUGGUAAACGACUCUUUAAAAACAUUGUGAUUCCCCUCCUUUUUAAAGGGGAAUCUGUUAUUAGUUAUUAGCUUUCUCUGUUGUAUAUUAACUUAUGUGUAAUGCUGCCAUUCGGAUAUUUUUGGCUUUCGUUCUUUUUUUUAAGUGUAUUUAUAUAUUUAGAGAGAGAGCUCGAGGGAGCGGGGAGGGGCAGAGAGAGAGGGAGAGAGAGAAUCCCAAGCAAACUCCAAGCCUCCAGCGCAGAGCCCCACACAGCGAAACCAUGAAAUCAUGACCUGAGCCGAAACCAGGAGUCUGACGCUUAACCAACUGAGCCACCCAGGUGACCCGGGUUUGCAUUCUGAGAGUGCAGAUAGCGUGAAACGAAUCUUUCAAAGAUUAAAAAGUUUACUCUUGAUUAUAGGAAAGAAAAAAGCCAUGUAAUUCUUCUGUUGGAGACUGUUGGGAAAGAACGUAAGCUUUGAAACAAGAUAGGCCUGGAUUUGAAUCCCAACAAGGCUACUUACCAUCUCUGUGAACUUGGGUAAUUUGUAUAAUGUCUCUGAGCCUCUCUGUCUUCUCAUCUCUAGUGUGGGGAUAAUAAAAUCCAUCUGAUAGAGUUGCUAUGAGUUUUAAAAUGGAAAAAAUAAAAAUGAAGGAGGUAGAGUUUGUGGCUCCUAUUAACUGUUUAAUACAUUUUCAUUACCACCACCGUCACUGUCAUCAUCAUUACGCGUAAAUCUAUCAAGGUGGAGAAAUGAUAGGCUGCUGAACCUCAGCUUCUCUGAGCUGUGAAUUUUUGCAUGUUUCUGGACCCUCUCCAUCGAAGCACUUGUUGAUGUCAAUAUCCUGAAUCUAGAAUGCUAUCAUUAUGUUUUAUUCCCAUUAGUUUUCAUGUUACUUUGGUUUAAAUCCUGCUUCGUGUUUUUCAGACUUCUUAAUUGUACCCAUUUAAUGUUUUAUAGCUGACUGCUGAAUUUAGCUUAGUGAAGGCCAUCAACUGAAUGCAGUUUAAUUUCUAAUGGUUAUUUUCUGGUUGAUAUUGAUGGCAUGGAAAACCUCACGGAAGAAAGCGAUUCAAGAUUACGCUUCAUGUCAGUAGAAAUGGACAGCAGCAGUUUUAUUCAGUUUGAUGUGCCCGAGUACAGCAGCACUGUUCUGAGCCAGCUAAACGAACUCCGCCUGCAAGGGAAACUAUGUGACAUCAUUGUCCACAUUCAGGGUCAGCCAUUCCGAGCCCACAAAGCAGUCCUCGCUGCCAGCUCCCCCUAUUUCCGGGACCAUUCAGCAUUAAGUACCAUGAGUGGCUUGUCAAUAUCUGUGAUUAAAAAUCCCAAUGUGUUUGAACAGUUGCUUUCAUUUUGUUACACUGGAAGAAUGUCCUUGCAGCUGAAGGAUGUUGUCAGUUUUCUGACUGCAGCCAGCUUUCUUCAGAUGCAGUGUGUCAUUGACAAGUGCACGCAGAUCCUGGAGAGCAUCCAUUCAAAAAUCAGCGUUGGAGAUGUUGACUCUGUUACUGUUGGUGCUGAGGAGACAUCAGAGAGUCGUAAUGGAGUUAAGGACAGCAGCUUCUUUGCCAACCCGGUUGAGAUCUCCCCUCCAUAUUGCUCUCAGGUACGGCAGCCCACCACGAGCAGCGAUCUUCGGAUGGAGACGACGCCCAGCAAAGCUUUGCGCAGCCGCUUACAGGAGGAAGGGCACUCGGACCGAGGGAGCAGCGGGAGCGUUUCCGAGUACGAGAUUCAGAUAGAGGGGGACCACGAGCAAGGGGACCUGUUGGUGAGGGAGAGCCAGAUCACUGAGGUGAAAGUGAAGAUGGAGAAGUCUGACCGGCCCAGCUGUUCCGACAGCUCCUCCCUGGGGGACGACGGGUACCACACAGAGAUGGUGGAUGGGGAACAAGUUGUGGCAGUGAACGUGGGGUCCUACGGUUCUGUGCUGCAGCACGCAUAUUCCUACUCCCAAGCGGCCUCACAGCCAACCAGCGUAUCCGAAGCUUUUGGAAGUUUGAGUAAUUCCAGCCCGUCCAGAUCCAUGCUGAGCUGUUUCCGAGGAGGGCGUGCUCGCCAAAAGCGGGCUUUGUCUGUCCAUCUGCACAGUGAUCUACAGGGCUUGGUGCAGGGUUCUGACAGUGAAGCGAUGAUGAAUAACCCCGGGUAUGAGAGCAGCCCCCGGGAGAGGAGUGCAAGAGGGCACUGGUACCCGUACAAUGAGAGGCUGAUCUGCAUUUACUGUGGAAAGUCCUUCAACCAGAAGGGAAGCCUCGACAGGCACAUGAGGCUCCAUAUGGGAAUCACCCCCUUUGUGUGCAAGUUCUGCGGGAAGAAGUACACACGUAAGGACCAACUGGAGUACCACAUCCGGGGUCAUACUGAUGACAAACCAUUCCGCUGUGAGAUCUGCGGCAAGUGCUUUCCAUUCCAAGGUACCCUCAACCAGCACCUGCGGAAAAACCACCCUGGUGUAGCCGAAGUCAGGAGUCGCAUCGAGUCCCCCGAGAGAACAGACGUGUAUGUGGAACAGAAACUAGAAAAUGAUGCGUCGGCCUCAGAGAUGGGCCUAGAUUCCCGGAUGGAAAUUCACACAGUGUCUGAUGCUCCUGAUUAAGAUGGUAACGAAGUGCACCCAAACAAAGCACAUUAAUCAAUGCAUAUUUGUGAUUUGCUUUGUUGUAAUCUUUGGUUUUCCCAACCAUCUGGAAAUCUCUCCGUCUCUUGGCAGUUUUUCUAAGGUUUCUGGAAGGAACACUUCAUUGUGUUUAUCCUUUCCCCCGCCCUCCCUCUCCCAAGGAGCUCAAAGCAUGAAGGGCAACGUAUCCAGGGAAAACACAGGCUGACAGUAUUCCUCUUUGGCUGAACUCUUAAUCCCAAAUCUGCCAGUGAUUUAGCUAUGCCAACUGGUUGACCCUACAUUCUCUGCCAAGAGGCAUAAUACUCUCUCGUUGUGUGCACUGGCACCAGUGCGUGUCCACGGAGAGAGACUGGGAUGCCGUCAGCUGAUACAAAUGGGUAACCUUUUCUAAUUUAAAAUUACUUUUAAGGGGUAGUUAGACAAUUUAUAUAUAUAUAUAAUAAAGCGAUUAUUAUAUAUAUAGUAUAUAUACAUUCUCAAAUUUGAUUUUAUUCUGGUUGAGGUGAAUGUAAGAGGAAUAUAUAAUUUAAUACAAUGUGAACAGGGCUUUUGACUCUGUCUCGUCCCCACCCAAUGUUAGGGUUUUGCCCCUUUAUAUCCCUUACAAAAGAAUGUUAAUAGGUUUUCACAUAUAUAAUUCAUUGUGUCCAAAAGCAAGCAAAGCAAAUCACAGUGUUCAUAGCUCUGCUUCCUAACAAGUACAUAAACCAAAUGCCAUAAAAUGUAUUCAACUCUAGUUGGAAACCGUUUGGAAUUUUUGUUCGUUGUCCAGUAGGUAAGCUGGAUGACCCGUGGUGCUGACCUUUUUACAUAUUGUAGUGUUAUAUUAGCCAGCCCCAAAGGAGCAGUGGUUUUCAAUGUUUUUACUGGCCUACGAAUCUACCUUCAUUCCGUACUGUAGAAACACACCAGGUAACUAAAUCGAAUCACUCUACCAUGAGUUAGUACUCACACUAAAGGAAAGGGAUUUGUAGUUCUGUCUACAAAAUUCUCCAAGCAGUGUUGUGGGUUUUUUUUUUUUUUUCCUCUUUUCAAACAGCUAGUUCAGGUGCACAGCAACUUUUUCUACAUGCAGUUCCCAGGGAAACUGCAGAACUUGGAAUUUGUACUUUUUGUAAAGAUAUACUCUAUGGGAAUUGCAAGCAAUAUAUCUAUCUUAGUAUUGUGUGUGCUAACGAGAGCCUCAGUGGCUCCCCCACUCUCAGUGUUUCCUGCUUAAAGAAACCAACAGUCAAAAAGCCCUCUAAGAUACUCCGUGUGUCACCAAAUCUGUGUGUGUCACCAUUUUUUGGGUCACGUGGUGCUAUUUUUAUGUUAUGUAUCUUUUAGGUCAGUAUAGUUGUAGAAAAUGUGAAAUCUAACGGUAAUAGUGAAUUACAAUUUUUUUUUCCUCUCCUGAGUUUCUAGCUUGAAAAGAGACCUCAAAAGCAUGUGCUUGCUGGCAAACACAUUACUGUAUCAAAACAUACCUGAGUCCUAUUUGAAAAAUGUCUUGUCAGUACUUUCGAAGUGUCUUCAGCUCUGUACUUUGUUUACCCGUCUGCUUCUAGUAAACAAAACAGGCUCUACGAGUUCGCUUUGGUACUGUGCACCCUGACAGAGUACUUUCGGAAGCGAUUUGACGGUGAGUUUGUGCUGCAGGCUGCCCUGCCCGUAGGAUGUCAGCGCUCCAGACUCCCUGCUGGAGAACCUUGGCUCUGAAGCCCGCAGCCAGUACGUCUCCCCAGGAGAACAGCACAAACCACCCAAAAGAAAAAUAGGCAUAAAAAGACACAACUCGAGAGGCUGAGGAGUUGAAGGAGUACAGAAAUGGACGUUUGCUGGUUUUCCAUGCUUUUUUGGCUCUUAAGAUACCAAGAAUGGUGGGAGGUAGGGGGUGUUUGGGGGAGGUUUUGGGGGUUUUUGUUUUUGUUGUUCGUUUUCGUUGUUUUGUUUUGUUUUGUUUUGUUUUGUUUUGUUGAGAAAAGAAAAUCAUUCGGGCCCUUGUGUGUGCUAAGCCCCCGGGGGUGGUCGCUGUGCGGUAGCUCGUCUCUAGCACACAGGAUCUGCCUGUUCCCGCGUGAAUGGCUGGCCACACAUCAGUGUUACUACGUACAGAUGACACUCUAGUCCUGCUGCUCCCGAGGAGCAGCGUUUGCUAAAUCGGGUAUAUAGUAUGCCUUUUCCUGUCAAACUGCCUAAGUAAGGGGUGCGCGCUCUCCCUGAAGCACUCGCUCAACUCCUGUCAAAGCUGCGUGCCUCAAGGGGAGGCCGGACCCCCAGUGUUUACCCACUUAAAUAUGUUCUGGGGUUUCAGGUAAACGUUUGUGAUUUUUUUUUUUCCUUACACGAAUACGUUGGGUUUUGAUUUUUCUUUUAAGAAUUAAAUGCAAAAAAUUUGUGUGGUGGUAACAAGUUAAGUUCGUGACAAGAAACGCCCAAAUGGAGGACGUGAGAGGUCAGGCUCAGGGAAGGAACACCUCCUUUUCACUCAGGCUUGGGGCCUUCUGAGAGGUUUCCAGAGCAUUCCGCGAUAGAUGAGACAAGUCAGGAGGGGAGAGCACUUGGGGCAGGUACCUCGAAUAUCCUGGUUCUUGUCACCGUUGUCAGUCUUAACCUUAUUUACAUGGAGUUCUUUGUAUUUGUCAGUUUGUUUCACUGGUUUGAGUUUACCAAAGAGUGACUUAUCCAAAAUUGUCUUUGACAAAACUAUACAUUGCUUUGAUUGUACAGUUCAGGUUCAACCAUUGUAAUGGGACUGUUAAGGGGCAGAAAAUUGAUUGAGUUUCUCUCUAAGAACCAUGAUUCCGCAUUUUGCAAGUUCCACUUGCUCCCAUUCAUGUUGCUAACACUUUACCCUUUCCACUGCUAGCAGUGUUAAGAAUGAAUUCUCAAGCCAUAACCCAGUACUGUAAGGUUCCACAGGGCUUCGAGGAGGCAGCGCGUAGGCCAGCACCGAGCUGGGUAGCCUCUCUGAGCGAGCACGCUGUCGUGUUUCUCGGCGUGCGUGGCGGGUGGAAGGUUAACUCCAUUCAGAUCGGGCAGCAGCAAUCAAUUGUGCCUUGUCACAGGAGGAUGUGCCAGGAGGAUUAACAUGGCCACAGAACAGAAACCUUCUCUCCCCGAAGUUCCCUCCACGUCUCCGCAGACGAAGUACGCUGUGUAACUCCUUAGAGCAACUCUUUUUUUUGGAAAGCAAAGUCCCUAUCUCUGUACAGGUUUAGGUUAGAUGUUUCGUUUCUAACAGAUGCAAAAACCAAUUCAGAUAAAAGCGAUCUGUGAAGAAAUCUUUUACAGCAAAACAUAUCCUGAAUUCAUACAGGUCUGUUCAUAAUUGAGUCUCUCCUUGAGCUACCUUUUCAAAUACGUAGACAAUGUGAAGACAGUGACAGCGUCCUUUUCUAUAGGUGUUUAACCUGCUAUUACAAACUGUGAAAACAAAGAAUUUUAUACUUUACUAACGUUUGUGGGUUUUAAACAGUUCCUUUCGUUCUGAUCAGUUCUUUCCCCUCUAAUUUCUACUAAAGCUGUAAAUACAUUUAGAAAUUAUAUUUGUAAAUACAGCACACGAAGACAAGUUCAUUUUUUGGUUAGCGGAAAGCCUCCCAAUUGGCUCUGCUUUGGCAGUUUUGGUUUCGUGUGUGUGUGUGUGUGCGUGUGCGCGCGCGCGCGCGUGUGUGUGUGUGUGUGUGUAUGAUUGGUUUUGUUGUGUGUGUGUUUGUGUGUUUUUUUUUUUUAAUACAGCAGAAAGGAUACUGUCGGUUCACUGUUAAGCAGAAUAUACUGUAGAACUAAAUUGAAAAUUUUUCAAUCUUCCAGAGCAUGAGUAGAUGUCUUUUCUCAUGACAGCAGUUAUAACCAAGUCUUUGUUUUUCCCUUAGCCCAGACCAUAGGCCUGCAUAUGUUCGUGUGCGGUUUUGUUUUUACUUUUAUUUUGACGGCCUAGACUCUAGGAAGAAUUUGCAGGAACACAAAACAAGGGCUGGGGGUGGGGGUGGGGGUGGGAAUCAUCUCUGUGAAUGAGCUUUACUUUCAAGAAAUCAAUGUAUUUUAUUUUAACAACUUUUUCUAUUAGUUACUGUGAUUUUUGUUGUUGUCUUUGUUAUUGUUAAAUUCUGUAAUGGUUUCCUGUGAAGCCUCCACUGAAAGGGACUCAAAUAUGCAACACCUAAACUAUUUUCCAAGGGCACAUGCCCCUUGAAUGGUGCUUCUAGACUGGUCAGGGUUAUUUAUUAAAUUUUAUAUAUGAAAGUAUUGGGGAAUUAUGUAAAUUCUUUAUAUGGAACUAUCUAGUUCAUAAAUCAUAGAUUUCAUAUUACUCAGUGCAACUGAACUGAACGUUCAGAAGAGUCAUUCACAUUGUUCCAAAUUUGUAAUGGUUGUCACACGCCACACACGUCUUCUUCAGUAAGUGCCAGAGCGUUCCCACUGUUUCUGCCCAGUGCCCGACUUCUCUGCCCGGAAGAGGACCUUGUUUCCCCCGGUUCCCCUCUGGGGCUGGCACAGACAGGGCUACCCUAGUUCUGGCUCCAGCCCUGGAGUAAGCCUUGCAGCAGAUUCAGUAACCAGACCUCUUGCUGCCCCUCGGUGACGAGUAUGCUGUGAAUUCAACCUUUGGACUUGCCACCCAAGCCCUUGGUUGCUGCCCUGACUAUAGUAAGAGGUAAACUUACCUGGUUUCUUUGAGAAUGACCAUUUUCCUAAUGUGAAAACCAUCUCUCUCACCACUUUUAUUAGUAGGGCUAACAUUUUUUUCCGUUAUAAAUGGUUGAGCAAUUUGAAUGACUUAACACAGUGUCAUUAUCUUGCAAUAUAAACUGGUAACCUCACAAGUCCACACUUCAUCGCCAUAUGAAGUAAAUGAAGCUAGCUAAGCGGAUGCUGUAUCAACUAGUAACUUGCCAUUAAGGAUUAUUUUAUAGCAUGAAUUUAAGACUAUUUAUUCAAAUGAUAUUUUACUCUUGUAUUCAUUUUGUUUUAGAUUUGUGACAUGAAUAUUUCAGUGCUGCUUAAUUUUGUUCUGAAUUCUCGUUUCUUGCUUGUAAAUGGCUUUUUUAUGGUAUAAAGUCAAUGGAAAUUGCUGUUUGUAAAUAAAAAUGCUGCUAGAGCAAA